UCUUCAAUUGACCGAGCACGGCAUUCUUCUUCUCAUUCACUUGCCUGCUCCCUCUCCAACACCGACUUGAGGUCUAGUUUGAGUACAAUCUUCUCUAACGAAUUGCUUUGGAAGCGCCCAAUUUAUUCGAUCGCAAGUUCGCGCAUCAACACAAGCUCUGCUUCAUUAGCAGUUCCUUUCUCGCUUCCGGUACCUGACAGGCGACCCUGCAACUCGGGUUGACUCAGUCAACCAUAUUCUACUUCGCACAGUAUGUCCUCUUCAGAUGAGGAUGUCGUCCGUCGCCCCGGACGCAGCGCAGGAGCUGGUCAACCGGGAAGCCCGUCCGGAAGUGAACUCGGUUCAGAUACGGGCAACAUGAACAGUUACAACGACGCAGAUCUUUUCGGCUCAGAUGCUUCAGAUGCAGGUCUAGGGGGUGAUGAUAAUGAUCAGCCUCAACGAACACUUGACGAUGAAGAGCUCGACUCGGGAGACGACGUGGACCGCUACGAUCGCGCCGGAGAGCGCAUGGACUACGAAGAUGGAGGCGAGGAACAUUUCCAGGAAACAGUGAACGUCAUGGAUAUGACUCUGAGUCGGGCGCCGGAGCCCUUGACGUCCUACGGCGAGAUUUACACAAUGCCUGUGCCCAACUUCCUUUCGGUGGAAACCGAAGAGUUCAACCCAGAAACCUAUGUUGCGCCUCCCUUCGCGACAGCCGCGACCUCUCUCUGCUGGAGACACGACCCGCAGGACGAAUCCCUGCUCCAAUCUAAUGCUCGCAUCAUCCGCUGGGAGGAUGGAUCGAUGACGCUUCAGCUUGCGUCAGCACCAAAGGAGCAGUACCGGAUCUCUACGAAGCCACUUGCACCGCUCAACAAGGCCGGUGAAUACGAUGUCAAGCUGGAUUCGCACGUCUACCUGGGUGCCGCGGCGGAGGCUUCCUCCGUCUUCCGACUCACAUCGCACCUGACUCAUGGCCUCACAGUGUACCCGACAACGGUGGAGACGGACGACGCGGUGCAGCGUCUCCAAGAGUCGCUGGCAGCGGCCGCCCGCAGCGGCAAGAAGACGCUGGACGGAUCGGCGCCUGUGAUCGAAGUCAAGGAAGACCCCGAGCUGGCCAAGCGACAGGCGGAGAUGGCGGAGCGCGAGAAACUCAAGGCGGCGCGUCGGCGCCAGCAGCUCCAGGACCGUGAGCUGGACCGCGGCCGUCGGGCCGGCUUUGGCCACCGCACGGGAGGCGGAGGUCUCACCGUGGGCGGCCUGGAAGAUGGCGAUGGCCUGAUGACGACCCGCCCUCGCGCCAAGAAGGCGCGCAAGCCGAACCGUCGCGGCGAGAUCUACACGGACGACGAGGAGGACUACGACCGCCGCGGACGCACCCGCGAGGACGAAUACGACGAAGACGACGGCUUCCUGGUCGGCAGUGACGAGGAGCCCGAGAUCGUGGACGACGACGAUGACGAGGACAUCCUGGAGGAUGAGGAUAUGGACGCCGAAGGCGAGGACGAUGAUGCCCGGCCCGCCAAACCCCGUCAGAAACGACCAUCGCCCGAUGCCAGUGCCGACACUCCACCCACUCGGAAGAAGAAUCGCUAUAUCGUGGACGAUGACGACGAGGAGUAGAUGAUGUAUCGCAUCUACUCACGGCCUUCUCUUGUCGCCCUCUUUUGCUUCUGCUUUACGGCCACCAUAAACUUGCUUUCGUAUGCUAAUGACUUGUAACUAUUAUAUUAUAUCACUCUGGAUACUUCAUCGGCGCAUGACUGGUCAUAUAUCGCCUGGGACUUUUCUUUCUUCUCAUCUCAAAUGUCACUACCGGACAAUGAAAAAGAAAUUGGCUUGCAUGCUUCAUUAUCGAAGCGUAGUCAUAUUCGUGCAUGGGUUUCACG